GUUCACUGGGAGAUCUAUAUUGUAUCAGUCUGCGCGAUCUGCAUACACGCGCUUUUUCACAAUAUUAAACGCAUUUUCCGUUGCUCCGUUGUAGCAACCAACGAUCACCACAUUACUGCAUUUUCUAGUCACUGGCGUGUUACACUGCAAUCCUCAUUUUUCCCGAGCAAAAUAUUCGCCGCGCACGUGCAUGACAAAUAUUCUGAAGUCACUGUACACUCCAUUGCGGCACACACUGCAUCGCUAAUCAGCUCAACUGGAAUCACCGCCGAGCCGUUGUGUGUUAAACCAGUCCCGCACACAUUCCACGAGAGCGCGCCUCUUCUGGGACCAGUCGGGUAAUCCAGCCGGUGCCCAUUGUUAGCAUCGACUCCAUCCUGUGGCCGUUCGGCUGAGGGAUUACACACGUACGGCAGCGCGAUUUGGGAACAGCGUCGACGCGACCCCAGAGCCGUGCGCCCGGCGUGCUGCGGACAACACUCCGCGGGAUUUUAUUGUCCCUGGCGCCUCAUUGCAGCACCGCAGCAGGAUCCGUAUGAGGGUGGCCGCGCGGCGAUAAAAGAGCACGAUUUUCUAAUCAGUUAUACAGGCUGCAGCUCAGCCAGCUAAGAUUGCGUCUCAAGUUCAACGCGUGCAGCGCGCGCGCGCGGGAGAAUUCUCCAUCCGGGACUGCCGCGUAACGGUCUACGAUCCUCCUGUGUGUAUUGCUUCGUCUCCCCCUUGACCUUGCUUAAGAUCACCCAACCGGGCCGCACAGCGUGGGGAUCUAUUCGGCGUCUAUUGGCUAAUUAUAGCCACAUAAGCAGGAUAGAGAUCAUCAUCAUCCCCAUACCGCACAUCGUCCCGGCCGAAUCGGGAUCUCGCCGAAACUGAGCAACCGCCGCCGUGUAUUGCCCUGUGCAACAGCAGCCGUAUUACGGGCGGCAGGUCGCCACCACGCGGCGCCAAAUGUUCGGCCUGCACGAAACCGUCGCCGCUGUCGCACAGUUACAGCAGCCACGCGCCAGUGUUCUAUUGAAAGACGAGCCGGGAUUCCAUUCGACCAGUGUCGAACUGAUGCGCGCCAGCUCAGCCUGGCUCACUCCCAGUAUGCCGAUUGAGGCUAACCUUGGAAGUUCGGAGAUUCACCGCGCUGUUUUUCAAUGUCAACCACCGAGCAAUCUGAGAAAAAGCAACUUUUUCCACUUUCAAAUUGGAUUUGUCGAUCGGCAAAACCAUCCCAUUGAAGUGGAAAGAUCCUCAUUUGUCGGCUUCGUGGAAGGUGACCAUGAACCGGAAAACCAAAAAACAAACAAUGGCGUUCAUUACAGAUUGGGACUUUUAUUCAGCAGCGGGUUGCGAAAGGAGCAGGACCUUUAUAUCCGCCUCAUUGAUUCCGUUACCAAACAGACGAUUGUCUAUGAAGGACAGGAUAAAAAUCCCGAAAUGUGCAGGGUUUUGUUAACGCAUGAAGUAAUGUGCAGUCGAUGCUGCGAGAAGAAAAGCUGCGGAAAUCGAAAUGAAACUCCAUCUGAUCCCGCUAUUGUACGGGGAGAUGAUCAGAGGUGCUACCUAAAGUUCUUCCUGAAAUGCAAUCAAAACUGUCUGAAGAAUGCCGGAAAUCCCCGUGACAUGAGACGCUUCCAGGUGGCGGUUUCCACAUCCAUUCGAGCGGAUGCACCGAUUCUGGCCACUUCCGACAACAUGUUCGUGCAUAACAAUUCCAAACACGGCAGGCGAACUAAGCGACUAGAUCCCAUAGACGGAGCAAUGCCGAUAAUCAAAGCAGUGACGCCGGCUGAGGGAAUGUGCACCGGUGGCUCGACCUGUGUCAUAAUCGGCGAGAACUUCUUCGAAGGCCUGCAAGUGGUAUUCGGACAAGUGCCGGUCUGGGCCGAAUUGAUCACGACCCACGCUCUGCGCGUACAGGUGCCGGCGCGCACCAUGCCCGGUGUGGUGGAGGUCACGCUGAGCUACAAAUCCAAACAGUAUUGUCGAACCCAGCCGGGUCGCUUUAUCUAUGCGGCCGGUACUACCCCCGAUAUGGAAUGCGGCUUCCAACGACUGGGUCGCAUGGUGCCGCGGCAAGCCGGUGACCCUGAGAGGCUGGGAAGGGAAACGGUACUGAAGCGCGCUGCUGAUGUAAUGGAAUUCAUGGUCGCGGGCGUUUCGCGCAGCACGCUGACCCGUUCGCCCACGGGUACCGGCGGAAUGGCGCCGUAUUCCUACUCACAAAUGGCGGAAAAUGGCGGCAUGAUCGAAGAUUAUUCACGCCACCAGAACAGUAGUAUAUCACCUCGCGGAUACGGAAGUAGUCCGCAGUCAUCACACAACAGCGUCAACAGCAGCCAUCACGGAUACGGAGCGGUCAAUGGUGCCUAUCCGUCCACCGGUAACAUGAGCCAUAUGGGCAUGGCGGCACCACAAGCAUUUCUCAGCGGCACUUCCAGAUAUGAUUCAAUGCACGGUGUAACGUCUCUUCCAGGGAUGGCUGGAUUGUCUCCCUUUUCUCCGGUUAAUCCCUUCGGACAGACCUACGGAGCACCGAUGCUGCCCAAGUAGCCCCGUGUGUACAAAUCGUGUGCUAACUAGUCUUAUCCCUCUACCUACUCGAUCGUAGCUGUACUUAUACUCUCACCUCUGUUUGUCGAGACAAAACGACACAAGUCAAAACUCAAUGAUCUCAAUUUGUUUUCGUGUUAAUUUAAUUAAAGUGUGGUGAAUUUAUGUUGUGGUUCAUUUCAAAAAUUAUGUUCGCGUACUUAGUAUGUACAAAUCUGCAUUGUUUACAAAUGUUGUAUCCUUG